UUCGAGGCACUGGAGGGAAAGACACAUUCCUUUGAGAUAAGAAGAAAUACGAUCGAGAAGGACACCAAGUGUUGGGAGAAAACCCAUCUCAAGAAAAUGGGGCCUCGUUUCCCUUUGGUGAUGGUGGGGAUUCUGAUGACGGCUCUGCUUCCGGAGGAGUCCGACGGCCAGAUAACAAUCGACACCAACACGGCGCUGCUUGGACUGGGAGGAGCCAUUCUGACUGCUGGUGCUUUCGGGACGGGUUACUUCUUGGGAAGUCAGCAGAACCAAGGAUGGCAGUCUCGCUACAACCGGCCCUAUAGGAGACCCUACUACGGAGGGCGUGGUCGAAGAGAGGCAGCCGUAGGCCCGGAGACUGAGGCUAAUCAGCAAUUUCUGGAUAUGCUUGAGCAGGUGCUGAGGACGGACAAGGAGUCCUGCACUCUUCUUCUGACCUGUCACGUUGCCAGCCUCAAUCCAGAUUCCCUCACUCCAAAACUCGUCUCCCUUUUGCUUCCAUUUGAAAAUGAAGACUGGAGUGACAAGUCGACUGCUUAUGCUCACUUCAAGGACGCAGUGACGGCUGGCAAGCAGAAGCGUUUCUUGUCCAGAACGCUACAAAACUUGUCCCACCCCACCCGAACUGCUCGUGGCCCAGUACCGAAAGAGUGUAGAUCAGCUGUUGUCCGAAACACCUGCCGAGGUGUAGGAACAUAGAUAACAAAUAUAUUGCUCUUUAUGUCUUUCACUAAAUCGCAGAGCCACCUGACCUUCUUAUGCGGAUGUCUGUAUUCAUCUAUUUUUCAACGUUUGAGACCGCCUAAUCAGAAAACAACAUUUUGGACCAGAAUUCCACGCACUUACAAUGAAAUAUGGACCUAAAGCUUGUACCUCACAAUAUCACAAUAAAAAAAAGUAAGUGAAGUAAACUUUUCACGUUUCUCUUAAUAUGAAAAAUUUAUUAGCAAAAAUGUUUGGUG